AUGAAUGAUCUCCAGUUUUCAAUUGCUGUUAAUCAGGUAUUUGUUUUAAUCGUUAUCAAUAAAUUUCAAACUAGCAACGAGUCUAAGUAUAAUCAAUACGUUUUUCAAUUGUUGCAGUAUAUAGAAAAAUUAUUAGAUUGUGUAGAAUCCACAACCGAAAAAGUGCAAACGAUUAGUAUUGCGUGCGAGGCACUCAACAAUGAUUCCAAAUAUGAAUAUUUGAACACAUUUAAAGCUCUAAGAAUCGAAGCGCAAAGCAUUACUGAUCCCAGAGAAGGAAAAUCUCGUGGAAAACUGACCGAAAGAUUAGAGCCAAAGAUAACGAAUUUCAAGCAUUGUCGCAAGACAUGUCAAGAAACAACUCGGAUCAAGAAUCCAGUUGAAAUGUAUCCUUGGAUGGCUCCGGAGAAAAUUUUUGGCAUGUUGCUUUGGGAGCUUGCUUUUCAAAAUAUUCCAUAUCAAAGAAUUCAUAAUCAAUCUAUUAAAGAUUAUGUCACAAACGGCAGCAGAGAAACUCUAGAUUAUGAUUUCGGGACAUCAGAUAUUCUCAACGGUUUUAUAAAAAUUAUUAAAAAAGCUUGGGAUGAAAAUCCUAUUAAUCGUCCAAACUUCCAAUGUAUUCUUGAAGACUUGGAAAACUUACGUGAAAAAUACAUUAAAGAAGGGUUUAUUCCAAAUAAUGAUGACUCCACAAGUCCUGAGAUGAUAUCUUCUAAAGAUUAUGGCAAUCAACUUAGAUCAGAUGAUUUUAAAAAUCCUGCAAUUCAUCAUAUUAUUCCUUAA